CGGGGGUGGUGGUGUGAGGAGGAGUUGAGGUGCAGGUUAGGUAUAUAGUUGUUGUAUCAUCCAUCUUUGUAUUUCCCAUCCUCCUCCACCAUAAUAGCAUCUCCUCGCAAUCGAUUUUCACCCCACUCAAGAGAACGAUCUACACUCUACCAUCCCAAUAUCAACAGCCCAAAAAAGGCCUAAAUAAAAAGAGUCACAUCACACACACAUAUACAGCAAAGAAACCCAGCAAAAGAAGAACCAAGGAAAGAAAGGCAAGAACAGAAUGGUCAACUUCAACCUCGCCCAUACCUCGCGCAUCAACCCACCCGGCGCCACACCCGUCCUCACACAACCCCAACUCUGGGCAGGACUCCAGCGCAAAAUCCGGCUUGCACAGGAAUUCGUGCCCGUGAUUGAAAGGUGCACUGUGCUCGAAGAAAGUGCCGAUGGAGUGGUGACGCGUGAUGUCGUGUUUAAAAAGGGCAUGGGACCGAAAGACACGGCUCGCGAGGUUGUGAGGGGGUUUUGGCCGAGUUGGGUUGAUUUCGAACAAGAAGAUGGAUCUCAUAUUCGCAACAUUAUUUCUGACGGUGCAUCGGGGGAGGUCGAGGAUCUGCACAUGACGUAUGUGUUUGAAUUUCGGUUGCCUAAUGUGCAGGAAGGGACGGAGGAGGCGGACAAGGAGUUGGCGAGGCUUAAGGGAAUGGCGAAGAAGGCGGUGGAUUCGAGUAUUGAUGCUAUUCGGGACAUGGUCAAGGAUGGGAGGAUUAAGGAGUAAAAAGAGGACAUGUGAUAUGCACAACUUGAUAUGGGGUUAUGGUACUUAUCAGUUGGUCUGCUUUUGAUCGGGCAUAUAAUAGAUUUACUUUGUUAAAAAAAAAAA